AUGACGGCCCAGCUUCUGGCGUCAGAGCUCGCCAAUUUGAUACAAGAGAGCAAGCGCAAGCACAAUGACUUACGCCAGGCCGCCGAGAAGUCACUUGAAGAGUUGCGGAGUCUGAGAAGUCCGUCUGAAGCUCAGACUUCAGAAGAACUUGCUCAACGACCAAAUUUUGUCAACCCGUUCAUUAUCGCGUGUGGGACUAAGAAUGUCAAAUUCACCGGUAUUGCCAUCGUUUGCCUGCAACGACUCAUUCUGUCUCGGGCACUGCCACGCUCCCGAUUAAGUCAGGUCUUGGAAGCGUUGCAGCAAGCCACUUCUGCCGGCCUCGAUGUUCAACUCAAGAUUCUCCAAGCGUUGCCGGCACUCCUCUCGAAUUACUCUUCCGAUGUGAAAGGAGAGCUUCUUAUCACGGCGUUGAAUGUCUGCUUCAUCCUCCAGUCCAGCAAGAAUGCCAUUGUCAAUAACACGUCAGCGGCCACGCUUCAACAACUGGUGGUCUCUGUCUUUGACAAGGUUGUAACUGAGGACAGGUCGGGUGGGGGAUCGCCUGCUGUGGGGGAAGUUCCCGUCCAAGAUGGCACUAUCCCGGCGAGGGCUGCCACGCUGGACGCUUACCGGGGUCAACGUCCCGAAUACCUCCGUGUCUCCAACCUACCCCAAACGUUUGGGCUCGAACUGAUCGAGUCAGUUUUGACAAACCACGCUGCUAUCUUCAACUCUCACACCGAGCAGGCGAACAUCCUACGCGCGCGAGUGAUGCCCUUCAUCACGGGGUCUCUUCGCGGGCGACCAAACUUUGCCACCAGCGUCCGCCUCGUGCGGAUCCUGUACACUCUGCUCCGGCGGCAUCUCAGCAUCCUGCCGUCAGAGAGCGGAGACGCACUCGAGAUUUUAACUCAGCUCUUGGACCAAGAUACCACGUUAUGGAAGCGCGCGCUUUGCAUGGAAGUGUUCAGAGGUAUCUUUGCCGAGCAUGCGCUACUUCGGCGCAUAUUCAUGUUAUACGAUGCGACUGAAGGCCAAAAGUUUAUCUUGAAGAACCUCACGGCGACCUUCGUACGAGUCAGCACAGAGAAACCGUCUGUCAUCGGGUUAGGUCACCAAUCCACCAUACCUGUCGCCAGUUUCAACUCUGAGCAGCCAAGUGACCAGGUCAUGCUCGAAGCGAGUGGUGUCACUGGUAUUAUUUCUGGAUCCAUAGGGUCCGACGGCCACAACACGGGCAUCAGCACGCAAUGGAGCACUAUGCGAGUUCCUUGCAUCGACCAACUGGACAAAACCGACGCGCCCGCGAUCCCUGAGUCAUAUGUGUACAGCCUUACCCUAUCUUGCAUUACAUCAUUAUCCGAGGGUCUUGCCAAGUUCAUCCUGCCCCUGACGGUACCGAACGAUGGGAGGCGGAAACGGGGUCUCAAGGCGGACACUGGCCGCAAUUCGCCUGCCCCCCAGCCAGAGGAGCCUACCGAUAAGUUGGAGAGGUCCGCCUCAUUCAAGAAAAACCCAGUUCCGGUCAACCCAUUGACGCUCGAGAGCCAUCCGUUGCAUGCGGAGAUUCGGGUUUGCGCCGCAUUCAUUGAGCAAUGCUGGCCAGCUAUCCUGGCGACGUGCUCGACCUUUCUCUUUGCAGGCCUCGACUCUGAGUACUACCAUGGCCUGGUGCGCGCGUUUCAAAAGUUCGCCCACGUUGCUGGCCUCCUGCAACUUUCUACUCCUCGCGAUGCAUUCCUCACAACUCUCGGUAAGGCGGCCGUUCCGCCGAACGUCUUGACAGCGUGUAUGAACGCCGGGCCAUCUAAGCCCCCCCCAAGUCCUAUUGCAACAGAUUCGCCCGGAGGCAUCUUUGGGAAUGCCCGGGGACUGCUGAGCGUCGAGAAUCUGGUGAGCCCAUCACUCCUGGGGGCCGACAAACAGCGGCAGUCUUCAAUGGACGUCAGCAAUACCCUGCUCAACACCAGAAACUUGCUAUGCUUGAGAGCGUUGCUGAACCUUGGCAUUGCUCUUGGUCCAACGCUGGCAUCCUCCUGGAGUAUCAUACUGGAGACCCUUCAGCAAGCGGACUUUGUCAUGUUCUUCACCGGCAAGGCUGCCGGGCGGACACCGAUGGCAGCCAGAGGCUCUGAUCCGCUGGCUGAACAAGAAGCCAGCACCCUUCUGGCGAACUUUGGGACGGAAAUCCGAGCGGUAGAAACGGCCGCCUCGCGGUUGUUUGAGAGCACCGUUGACUUUCCCAACCCCGCUUUUGUUGAGAUUGUGGGGGCGGUUUGCAACCUGCUUGAGCGUGCCGAACCUCCAUCCGAGGCCAGUAGCCGACCACAAUCACCACCAUCAACAGGAGGACUGAGAACGCCAUCUCUCCCACCGAAGCGGGUCUUGAGCAUAUCGGCAACUUCCUCGGCACCCAACCAAGAAAACCAGUUUGCGCUGUCAAAACUUGGUGAUCUAGCAUCGAUCAAUAUCGAGCGACUGUUGACGAACACACCGGACGUAUCGGGCUGGACUCCUUUAAUAGAUGAGCUUAUAACUGUUCUCAGCUCGAUCACGAACACUGCCCCAGUACGGGCACGCGCUGCGGAGACGCUGGUUCGGGUCUUAUUGGAAGAGGCAAAUGCCGUUGCCUCUCAAGACGAAGAUGUACGCGGGCAGAUCCAAAAGCGCCUCCUCGAAGCUUUCCGUCAAUCCUUACUACCGCUUCUCGCCUCCGACAGACAGGUGUCUAUCGGGAAGCACGCCAUCGAUGUCGAUAUCCACAGGAUCCUCCUUGAAGGCCUGAAGAGUCUUUUGGAAAACUGCGGCGAAUCACUCAUCAGCGGAUGGGAGCUCACGUUUGAGAUUAUCGACAGCAUUUUUGUCGAGCGCAGUCCGAGAGCUGAGACGGAAAGAGAUGGUACGGGUCAGCCGCCACCGGUACUUCUCACCCGUGCCGUCAAGCUAAUACGUCCAUCUUUUGCCUCGCUGCAAUUGAUCUGUUCCGACUUUCUCCCUUCUUUGCCGAACGCCUGUUUUCUCAACUUGGUCGAUACCCUUUAUAAAUUUUGCAGCCAAGAUGAUGAACUCAACGUGGCGUUGACCACUGUCACCUUUUUCUGGGCAAUUUCCGAUUUCCUUUCAGCGGAUAACCAGGCGAUGUCUAUUACGGAAGACAUGAUUCCUGAUUCCGACGGCGACCACUCUUUAGUCGAGAGGGCCGCGCAACCGUUUGAGAAGGGGUCUGCAGCUGCAUUAUGGAUGCUGCUUCUCCUGAGACUCACAUCUGUUGCGACGGAUCAGAGGUUGGAGCUACGGAACAGCGCUAUCCAAACAUUGAUGCGAAUCAUAUCAGCGUAUGGCGAUAGCUUGAGUCCGGAAGCUUGGUCCGUGUGUAUGAGAGCGGUGAUCUUCACUCUUCUGUCUUCUGUCGAACACGAGCUUCGAGUCGCGGACAAGCACUCGGGCAAGAACAAAGCUCAAGAAGAAUGGAUUGAGACGGCCACUGUCGUUAUCCAGGGUGUUUCUGACCUAUUCGGCUCGUAUUUGGAGACGCUUACGGGCCAUCGCAGUUUCACAGAGAUCUGGAAAGAGCUGCUUGGGUAUUUCCGGACUCUCCUGUCGCUUCAGAUACUCGAUAUCAACGCGGCGACCUACAGCGCUCUCCGGGACAUUCUCCAUCGGUCUGUCGAGCAAGAAACACCUGGCAUCGGGAAAGAGAGUCUGGACUUGGCGUGGGAUCUAUGGUCACAAGGAAUUCCGGUUCCUGGAGAUGGCAAGGAUGAUAGAUCGUCGGACAACCAGAAGAGCUUACUCGUCUGGGUCGAGGCUUUGCUCGAGCUCUAUGGGUUGAUCCGGACCGACUUCGGCGUUGAACGCGUGCGCCGGAUGCUGACCCUGCUCCGUGACGCCAUGCAGCACGCAACUCCCGGCGCAUACUCCAGCGAUGCGGAACACGUAACUCCUCUGCAAGGCAAGAUCCUCGAGGCAUUCCGCAUGGUCCGCACCGCUCGCCACGGCGUGCCCUCUGCGAUGGUGACGCAAGUCGCCGAGUUUGUGUCGCUUGCCUUCUCACAAGAGGACGCGGCUAAGGCUGCAGAGAAACGCACGUAUGUUGCCAUGUCCAAGGAGAGCAUGUCCAUAUUGCAAUCACUGGUGGUCAGCCAUGCCUCUGAGAGAGACAUAUACGAAACAGGCGCGUUUGCAAACGCACUAUCCGCACUCGCGAAACCAAUCGUGCUUAAAUACAGGUUCCAAAUCGUCACUAAAUCCGCCCAGCCCUGGAGAGUUGCGACCCAGUCGGCGCUAGCGGUGCUUGAGGCUGCGGUACCGCAUCUUCGUGAGAUGGACUCGCUUCGGGAGACGGUCCAGCACAUCUGGACAAUCAUCGUAUCCAUCGCCAACGGCAUCAUCAGUGCUGAUCUGGCCGCCCCAGCCGCCCAUACGGCGGAUAUUCCGGGCGACCAAGAGUUCGACAUUGCCUCCUUCCAAAAACUGCGCGGUCUCAUCAUCCCCGCCCUCGGCGCGGAAGUCGUCCAGGAAGAGACCCGCAAGACAUUCGCCGAGGGCCUCUUCCACACCUCCAUCAUCCACACCCCGGCUCCUGCCGAGGCAGCUCUCCUUCGCGGAGGCAGCGGUAGUACCAAUAGCGCCGUCCCUCUCGGCGCCUUUUUCACGAAACGCAACGGUCGCACCAUCGACCCGACUCCGACUCGGCGCAGCCUUAUGAGCGAAGUCUGCCUCGACGAGCUCUUUGCUCUCGUUCAGAGUCAACAACCAACCCCCAACCCCGCUUCCUCCUCCCCCGUCUCCACGCUACACCCCCAACACAUCAACCUAGCCCGCACCACCGCGCCCUACCUCCUCCUCCGCAGCGCGCUCACCCUGCGCACCUACAUCGCCGACCAGCCCCUCCGCGGACGCAUGCCACAGCCGCUCUCCCAGCGCCGCGAGCUCACACGCGUGUUGCAGCUGCUAGUGGCUCUCCAGGCCGAACCGGACGCGAUACCGGCUGACACGGACGGUGGGGCUAUUGUGAAUGUGGAGAGCGAGACGAGAAGGCAUUUGUUGAGGUUGUAUCCGUUGCUUGUGGGUGCGGUGCAGGUGGCCGGGGAGGCGGGGGAUGGGAAGGUGGUGGAGAUGGUGGGACGGGCGUUGGAUGUGGUUGGUGGGGAGUUUGGGGUGUAG